AUGGAGGAAAUCAAAGGGGCCAAGGACGUGGAAAUGCACGUGGCCGAGGAAGAGGAUGAAGCUGUGGAAGAGGAGAAAGAAACGUAUGGUCAUUAUGCUUCGGAAUGUAGAAAUGUUGCUAACAAUGUUGAAGAAAAGGCUAAUUAUGUUGCUGAAGAAGUGGAGUCUACUUUGUUGUUGGCAUACAAAGGUGAAAGGAGUGAUCAAGAAGAUAUGUGGUAUCUUGACACUGGUGCUAGCAACCAUAUGUGUGGUAGCAAAGAGAAGUUCGUUGAUAUUGAUGAAUCAAUAAAUGGCAAGGUGACAUUUAGAGACUUAUCACAAAUUCUGAACAAUAUUUUGAGUUUGGGACAACUCUUAGAAAAAGGCUACAAUAUUUCUAUGAAGGAUUGUAGUCUUUCGAUAAGAGACCCAUUGGAUAAUUUGAUUGCCAAGGUUCUAAUGACAAAGAACCGGAUGUUUUUGCUAAAUAUUCAAGCUGACGAGGCUAAAUGUUUGAAGGCUUAUGUUAAUGAUUUAACUUAG